UCCGCGCUCUCCGCCGGCCCCACCGGUCGGGGCUGCCGGCGGCGGCAGGCUUAGUCAGAGGAAUGUGGGUGGAACUCCCUCCUCCCCGGCGCCUUAAAACCCCGCUCGGACCGGCCCGCUCGCAGUCUCCCGUCCCGGCGGAGCGUCCCCGCCGCACCACACCCGCGACGCCCGGGCUCGCUGGGCGCGCCGCCGGCCGGGCACGAUGGUGGUGUGCGGCCUCGCCUGCUGGAGGUGCAGGUGGCUCCUGCCCCUGCUGCUGGGCCUGGCCAUCAUCAUGGGCAUCAUAGCCCUGGCGGGCCGCGGCUGGCUGGAGUCCGAGUCGGAGCCCUACGUGCAGCAAGCGUCGCUGUGGGAGAGCUGCACGCGGGGCGAGGAGGACCUCAACUGGAACUGCGAGUCCCUGAUGGACUACGGGUGGGGGAGAGCAGCAGCUGCCACAUACCUCGUUGGCUUUGUGAUCCUGGUCAUCUGUUUCGCCCUUGCAGUCAUCGCGUUCUCCAUCGAGAUCCUCCGCUUCAACUUUGUGCGAGGAAUUGGAGGCUUGCUCUUUGUUGUUGCUGCAUUCCAGAUCAUUGGCUUGGUCAUUUACCCAGUGAAAUUCACAGAAGACAUUCCACUGACAGGAGAUAACAUGUUCAGCUGGGCCUAUGGUUUUGGCUGGGCCAGCACUGUUGUUGUAAUAGGUUGUGCUUUCUUCUUCUGCUGCCUCCCCAACUGGGAAGAUGAAGUCCUGGGAAACAUCAAGCCUACCUAUUACUACUCCUCCCCAGAGAGAGCACCAUACUUAAAUUGAAAGAUUAAGUCCAAGUACAGUCAACUGUCAAAACACAGGAGCACCUCUGAUGUACAUUUGGUGUGAUUGUAGGAGACUAAAAAAACUCACCUUAUUUUGCCAGUGUAUUUCUUACUGUGGCUGGCAAUAAAUUAGGAAAAACAUUGGCAUCUUAAUCCAAAUAGCUUUUUCCCAAAGUAUUGUUUACAUAUUUUCAUGUCAAUUCAGUUUGGGUGGUUUGCUUGCUCCUUCCCCUCCCAAUUAAUUGAGUCAUCCUUAUUUUAUUCAAAUAUUUUCUUAUGAAUAUAGAUGAUAGUGUUUUAAGUGUAGAAAGGAAAACGAAAGGAUUUUAAACAACCCAUUAGUGUGUCCUGUGAGGUUUUUUUUUUUCCACCUCUGACAAAAUUGCUUUGAAUGGAGCUAGGAAAAAACACAGCCUUCCAAUGAAUGCUUUUUGUUCUGUCAAAGUCAGUCCCAAGAAAGAAACUUCUGUGAUACUAUCACAGUCAUCUGCUGCCUAAAAAUCUUCUCAUUCCUGUUACUGGGCUGUUGUUGACUACUAGCUAUUUGAAUUAAGGGGAAAAUAAAAUUAAAAUUUAUUUUCCACCAAUUGGUGCUGUUGGACAAGGUCUUCUCCAAAGCAUGGAGCUGGCGUGUGUAACAUAAGAGUGGCUAAUGUAACAUUGGUGGAUUUGUGGCCACAGCAGGACUUGUGAUGGAAUCACAUAUGUGUGUUGUAAUGGAUUCAGAUGCUAAACUACAUACAUUUUUACAUGGUAUAUGAGGGAUGCUGAUUUAGAAAGUAUCUUUGAGCAGAAACAUAAACUAUUCUAUUAGUCCACCUUUGUAAAGUUAGUGUUUCAAUUAUCAAUGUGCUUUGGAGGGAAAUUUUAGCAUAAGGUGUUUAAAAACCUCUAAAGGUUUCUAACACUGUAGGUACCUCAGAGUCUAGCAAACUUAGGCUGCUUUGUGAGUGAGUAGGGGUAACAGGUAGAAAUAGAGAGGCAGUUCUGUGAGCAAUGUACGUAUGUAAACUUCAUACGGACAUCAGUGUUGGAGUAAUCUGGCUGGCUCCUCAUUUGUGUUUCUGCAGCCAGCAGUUCCAAAUAAAUAUUCCAGCGAGGUGUAGCCAUGUCUGUGUUGGUCAUGGACCUGCAGCAUCUUACAGCAGAUUUAAUUACAGUCUGUAAUCUUUGUCAGGGCUUUGUUCAGCUGGGGAAGAAGGAAGAAGUUCAUUUUUUGAACUCCUCUUCCAGCUAUGGGGGAAGUAGCUUUAGCAAAGACAGACUGAGGAGGAUAUAGGUGGGGAGGAAAGCAAAUGCUGCAUGUUUCUCUGUGUUAUUUCUUACUCUCAUAAACCUGGUACUUAGGAGAGGCUAUGUGUAUUCAUGCACAUGUACAAAAUAGAACUUAGAAAGCAUUAACCAACAGACUGUAAAGCUAAAGUAAUUUACAACUGAUCUUUUGCAAUGCCCAGUAUUUCUUGUAUUAUAUGUUGUAUAGCUUUCCAUUUUGUAACACCUUUUUCAAAUUGAUAAUGCUAUAUAUUGCAUGUGAUCCUGAUUUAGAGAGGCCAGGUGAUUCCUGAAGGUCCCUUCUAGGCCUGUAUUUUAUAACUUUACAGAGCAUAAAUGUCUGCAGAUUUCAGAAUUGUGUUGUGAGCUCAGUUGUAGCAUAUACAAUCAAUUGUAUUUAUGAUUCUUGCCAAAUAAGAGAGUUCCGUGACAAACAUGUCCUUUUAAAUUUUUUUUCCCUUUUCUGUACAGUACUGGCUGGUGGGGAAUACUGUGUAGAUUUUAUCAUAAGAAAUGAUAGUACCUACUUCUAGUGAAUUCAAAAGACAGCAGAGAAUCUCAAGUGGGGAAAACCCUUGCCCAACUAAAGCUGAAAAAGAGAAGAAAGUGUAAGAAAAUGGACACCUUUCCUAAUGACAGGGAAGAUGGUAUGGUUAUAUGGUAAUCAGGAUUAGCAUAAUUUAAGUCUUUUGUACGCUUUUUUUAUAAGCAUUGGCAUAACUUGUCAGAAGAGGACUAAUGUAAAAUAAACUUGGCUCUGAAUGUACUGGGAGGGGUAGAAGCAUAACCAGCAUGUUACACAACUGCAAUGUUCCACAGAAAGCCAUUGCAAAAAGUUAUUAAUUACUUUCAAGUGAUAUUAAUGUAUGUGACACUCGUUUCGAAUGUGGUGGCUUAAUUAAAAAUGUUUUAACUGACAGUUGUAGAAACUUGGUGAUGUUUGUGGUUCAUGGAUUAAUUUCAUAAAAUCAAACAAAUAAGCCAUUCUUUUCUUCUCUUAACUUGAAUAUCCAGUGUCAGGUUAAUAAAAUGAAGUUAAAGACCUCAUGUCCAGGAGGCAGCAACUUCAUUUUCCAGUCAAAUAAGCUUCAGAAUACACUGCAAAACAUGUCAGUGUUCUUUCAUUGAA